GUCAACUGAGCCUUUCAGUAAAAAUAGGCCCACUAUUCGGAUGCUGAUCCACCCAUUUAUGGACGUGAUUGUGAAACACCUUACCUGAAGAUGUGGACCUCUUGGACACUGAAGAGUAAACGGUUCGAAACAGCGGCAUUGAAGCAUCCAAAAAAUCCCUCUCUAUGACAAAAGUGGGGGUGACCUCUGAUCGUACCCGGAACCGAAAAUGAAUUGGGCGUCCUUUUAUGCCGUCAUAAGCGGUGUAAACAGGCACUCCACCGGCAUCGGCCGCAUCUGGCUGUCUGUCCUCUUCAUCUUCCGCAUCCUGGUCCUAGUGGUGGCGGCGGAGAGCGUGUGGGGAGACGAGAAAUCCGGCUUCACCUGCAACACCCAGCAGCCCGGUUGCAACAGCGUCUGCUACGACCAGUUCUUCCCCAUCUCCCACAUCCGGCUGUGGGCCCUGCAGCUCAUCCUGGUGUCCACCCCGGCCCUGCUGGUGGCCAUGCACGUGGCCCACCGGCGCCACAUCGACAAGAAGCUCCUCAAGAUGUCCGGCCGGGGCAGCGCCAAGGACCUGGAGCAGAUCAAGACUCAGAAGUUCAAGAUCACCGGCGCCCUCUGGUGGACCUACAUGAUCAGCAUCAUCUUCCGCAUCAUAUUCGAAGCCGCCUUCACGUACAUCUUCUACAUGAUCUACCCGGGCUACAAGAUGCUCCGGCUCGUCAAGUGCGACUCGUACCCAUGCCCCAACACCGUCGACUGCUUUGUCUCCCGGCCCACGGAGAAGACCAUUUUCACUAUCUUCAUGCUGACCGUCUCGGGGGUCUGCAUUCUGCUCAACUUUGCGGAGCUUGUCUACCUGGUGGCACGGGCCUGUGCCAGGCACGUCCGGGACUCAGAGGGGGCCCCCAAGGGAGCGUGGCUCUCACAGAAGCUCUCCUCCUACAAGCAGAAUGAAAUCAACCAGCUCAUCGCCGACCACGCCUUCCGGCCCAAGCUCAACAGCAGCCGCAGGAACCCUCCUGACAAGGAGGAGAGGUGUGCAGCAUUUUAGUCAGCAUGCUGCGCCCGACCCACUUAGCUAAUCAGGCUAACCAGCUUGCAACAUUACAGCUCAUGGAAGAGUGGCAGUAAUCUCAAAGGUCCGUUCUACUGACAGGAUCAUGGUGGCAACAGGCAACACUGGUGUAUUUUGCCAUUGUUCCUAAACAAACAUUCCUAGGGUGUGUGGAGGAGUAAAAAUGGACCACACAUUUACAAAAAUGAAAACUGUUGCCAGAGAAAGGACAGGUUUUCCCUGGGUUACAAGGAUUCACAGACCCCAGUGUGAUCUGCAGGAAUGAUGAUUCACAAUGCAGACCAAGCAUGAGGUUAUUAAACUAUGAAAACAAUCUUUUGAAGAGGACUCUGAAGUGCUAUGUGCUCUACAAUAGUGAUCCCCAGGUUCAUUGGACGUCUUGCAAACUGUGAGGUACAGUACAGAAGGAUUUUCCUGAAAGUGUGGACUGCACAAGGCUCUAUACAAACCAGUUCAAAUGUUGCAUGUAGAAAUGCUGUAAAACUUCAUCUUGAAUCCGCCAACCAAGAGACAGAUUUACUAAGACUUCUGUCCACAGAGCUUUACUGAAAUAUCUGACAAAUAGAAACAAAUAUUUAAUGGAGAGAUUACAGCUCUCUCAG